UCUGUCCUUUCCUGCUCCCGCAUUCGUCUGUGCGCAGUGUUAACGGAACCUUCGGGGACAGGUGCGGAUUUUGCAUCUUACUCGGGAAAAAACACGAUUUAAACCGCAACUGAUAGAGAAGAAAACGGAGACAUUUUUUUUUUUCUCCGUAGUGCUAUUAUUUUGAAGGACUUCUUUCCUUGCGCUGACACGAGGGGAAGGCAGCCAACCCUGAUGCCCCCUCCUCCAAACGGGAUAUUUGACCGAUCCAAGGAGUGCUAAUUUGCAUCUUGUCAAUUGGUUACAUAGUAUUUGUGAUCAGUGAGGCUUUUAGCGCUGUAUUUGUGUCGUACUGCUCCUGGCUGUGGGCUGUGGGAGUCGCUUCCAUUGCCAGCGGAUUGUUACAUAACCGAGUGGCUUUAGCUGUCCAAGGUGCUGAAGGAGUGGACGGUCGUAGCCUGAAACGGGACGAGCUGUGGGGGAAUUCACCUUGUUUAGGUCAAGGGCCUGCUGUAGUGGAGACGAUCGGGAGCGCAGAGAAGGAGCCUGCGUAAUUUUCCUGCCGUAGCGGUUGAAAUUAAUUCCUGAGGUGGUCGACUUGACAGAGAGAGAAAAUGUCGGGGCAAACGCUCACGGAUCGCAUUGCCGCUGCGCAGUACCAGCUAACUGGAUCAGAUAUGGCCCGCGCUGUGUGCAAAGCUACUACUCAUGAGGUGUCGCCGCCCAAAAAGAAGCACCUGGAAUACCUGGUGUCGGCCACAAACACCACCAAUGUGAACAUCCCUCAGAUGGCCGACACGCUCUUUGAGAGGUCCACUAAUGCCAGCUGGGUGGUGGUUUUCAAGGCUCUCGUCACCACCCAUCACUUAUGCAUCCAUGGCAAUGAGAGAUUCAUUCAGUACUUGGCUUCCAGGACCGCCUUGUUCAACCUCAGUAAUUUCAUUGACAAAACUGGCUCUCACGGUUAUGACAUGUCAACUUUCAUCAGACGAUAUGGGAGGUAUCUGAAUGAGAAAGCCUUUGCCUACCGCCAGAUGGCUUUUGACUUCACCAGAGUCAAGAAAGGUGCUGAGGGCGUGAUGAGAACCAUGACUACUGAGAAGCUGUUGAAAGCCAUGCCCGUCCUUCAGACACAGAUUGACACGCUGCUUGAGUUUGAUGUCCAUCCAAAGGAGCUGAACAAUGGAAUCAUCAAUGCUGCGUUCAUGCUUCUCUUCAAGGAUUUGGUUAAACUGUUUGCUUCUUACAACGAUGGCAUCAUCAACCUAUUAGAGAAAUACUUCAAAAUGAAGAAGAGUGAGUGUAAGGAGGGAUUGGAGAUUUAUAAGAGGUUUUUGACCAGAGUGACAAAGAUCGGUGAAUUUAUGAAGCUGGCUGAGACAGUGGGAGUUGACAAAAAUGACAUUCCUGACAUUAACUAUGCUCCCAGUAGUAUCCUGGAGUCACUGGAAACCCACAUGAACGGUCUGGAAGAUACAAAGGGAGGAAAGAAGGGUGAAGGGUCUCCAACGAAGGGUUCCCCUACAAACAACGUGUCGCCCACCUCCACUCCAGCCAAAUCCUCAAACGCUGUUCCCGCCCUGCAGCCUCCUCCUGGGGACGGUGCUGCCGCUGCUGCUGCUCCUGCUGCUCCAGAACCAGCCGAAGAAUCUUUAUUGGACCUGGAUCCACUGUCUUCCACAGGCCCUUCAGAACCAUCAGCAGCACCUACGUCAUGGGGAGAUCUCCUUGGAUCCGAAAUGGGCGAUUCGUUGCUAGCUGAACCCGCCCUCGCAGCAGAGCCCGCCCCUUCCCCGGCAGCAGCCACGCCCACACCAGCAGUUGCAGAAGCCACGCCUCUAGCUCCUCCCACUAGCACAGCAGCCGCCACCUCCCCAGGUGCCACCAAUAUGGAUCUGUUGGGAGACACUUUUGCCACAUCUGCUCCUGUCCCUGAGGCGUCAGCUAAUGCAGCUGAAGGCGGAGCUGCUGCCACAUCUGCCCCUGCUGCUGCCUCUGGAGCUGACCCCUUCGCUCCAUCAGAAGGUAGCUCCAACACUGCAUCCACUGGUCUAGACCUUUUCUCCUUGAUGGCAGUGGACUCUGAUGUACCUGCUACUAGCUCUUUGGACGCGUGUUUUACCUCACAACCUAGCCCCUCCCCCUCGCCGCUCUUCAGCUCCGCUUCCACAACCAUCACAACCACUGCCACCAUCUCCGCCCCCAACGCUAACCACUCCGCCGACCUGUUUAGUGCGGACGUGUUCAGCUCCCCUGCCCCCCUCCUCUCCUCAGCACCACCAGCAAAAUUAGACACUGGAGACAUCAUGAACCUGUUUGGUGAGUCCACCGGAGAUGCCCCAGCUGCUGCCCCUGCCCCUGCUGCUGCUGCCCCUGGAGCCGAACUCAUGUCAGUGUUUGAUGGAUUAGGAGAUGUGAUGAAGCCCACUGUGAACCCUCAGGCAGGCGAUGUUGACACCUCCAUGGCUAACAUGGCGAGUAAUCUCACAAUGGGAACAGCCCCUCAGGUAGCUCCCCCCAGUUGGGGUGCCUCCAUGGCUGGUGCACCAGGAGCUCCCAUGAUGCCGAUGGUUAGGCCGGGCUUCCCAGCAGGGGGAGCAGCCCCUGCACCUGGAGCACCGAUGUCCGGAGCUGCCCAGAGUCCGAGAAAGCCGCCUCCUCCUAGAAACGCCCUGGAUGACCUCAACAUUAAGGACUUCAUGUAGGCCAUGAGACAGGCAAUCUCUAAAGGUGGUUGUCACUGUGUAGUUUGUCAAUGUGUAUGGAGCUCUGUGGAUAUGGAUGUCUGCACUUCCCCACUGCCUCCCCUUUGUCCCUUCAGCCAAUCAGCCAUCAUCUAUACUAACUUCACUUUCUGGCUUGGUUAAAAAGCCCUCCUUUUCCUAUCUAAUGUUGUAGCACAACUGUGAAUGUGAAUCCUAGAAACAGAAAACAAAAUUCAGUUUAUGUGUGUGUGGGUGUGUGUAACUCAGUGUUAACCUUUACUUAACAUACUCUGGAAAAUUUAACAAAAACAAAUAAAUGUGUAUUUAGAUCCAUUCUCCACUUCCACAUUUCAGCUGACUUGAACAGUGCAUACUGUAUAUGUUGGUUUUACGCAUUCCCCAGAUGAGGACUGUGUUGUUAAACGUGGACUGUGUUCAGUGUGUGUAACUUCACCUGCCAAGGCCCACCCAGUCUCAAACUUACCAUGAGCUAAGCAUCAUUCAUUCAACUCUGUUGUUCUUUCUCUGCAACCAUUCACCUCCUGUUGACUUUCAAAGGUGACAGCAUGCACUGCAAAUCUGGACUUAUCAAGGAACACUUCUGUGUUCUCAUUUUAUUAUUUUAAUUUAUUUUCAGUGAUUGUUUUUAAAUCUGAGAUAAAUCGUGAACUGUGUUCAAAUUGUAUGCACUGUAGACCUAUUUUGACUAUAGAAUUUACAUAUUUUAUUUACUAUUUAUUUUGAAAUGGGAAAAAAACAUAUAUUUUAGUUACAUCAGCAAUUUAAUGUCAGACAGAAAAGCAAGUAGAUUAAACUAGCAAAUGUCCCUUAUUUGCUAGUAGAUACUUGGAUAACAGAUCGAGUAUUGAGGUUAUCUUACCUGCAGUGUUAUUUUACAUCCUCUGCUGGUUAGUCAUGGUACUACAUUCAUAAUUCUUUUAAGAGACAUAAGAACUGAAGAGUCAGUCUACAUUGGGUCAUUUGAAAGCAGUGGCAGAGGACAGUACAUUGGCUGAAGUCUUGGGGACUCUCACUGUAAAGCACUCAAGUACGCUGGAUGUUCUGUGUAUCGUUUCUUUCCAAAGUGAACUGUAUCUUUACCCAUUGUGGCAUUACAAAGUGUUCAAACAAAAUAAAGAUGAGUAUGAUUCAUAAAAAAUAUCUAAGAAUGUGGACACAUAUUGUUGAAUAUGAAGGCUAUGUUGAGUUUUUAUUCCCAUGGAUGGCAUCGCCCUCCCUCCCCAUCUGCAUGUGAGUCCAAAUGAGAUGCAAUAAAAAAAACAAAA